UAAACUGAAACAGCAGUCUUGAUAAGCAAUCAAUGUUAGAGAAAGAUUUUCUCACAGAAUCCUAUCAGCUUUUUGACAUCUCGACUAAGAAUUUUAAAAAAGAUAUUCUUGCUGAUAGAUUGAGAACAGAUGAUGCCAAGCUGGAAGAUAUAAAUUUUUAUGAAGACCAGAAGUUACAUAGGAAAGGAUAUAUGGAAACAAAAGUCGAUGAAGACUACAGUAGAAGAGUACUGGAUGCAAACAGGAGAAAGAACAAGCUAGAUAAGUUGAGAGAGAAAGAAUUAGAGAGACAGAAAAACUUAAAAGAUAUCAAUGAUGUUUUGUUGUCACAUGACUCCAUGACAGAAGAGAUUCAAUUCAGCAGUGAGGAAGAAAAGUCAAACGAGGACUCUGAAACCAGCGAGGAAGAUGAUUUCCUGGGUAACGGUCGGAAACGCAGGUAUAGUAUUAUUUUAUUAACAUAGUUGUAAUUUUCACAAGCUAAUGCUGUUUUAUUGAAAAGUAUAUAAUUAUAAAUAGGCAGAAAAAUAUUAUAAAA